AAUAUUCUGUUCAUUCUCAGGGGUGUACGAUCCAAUUUUUUUCUCCAUUAAUGGAGUUUUCUUGAGAUCGAUUUUCUUUUUCUUUCGAGUGAUCUUCUCUGUCUCUUGUUUUCUGUUUUUAAAUCACUCGAUUUAUCUCAAGAUUUCAUCUAGAUAUUAUUUUUCUUGAACCUCUCUAUUCUUGAUAUAUUAUUUUCAAUUGAUUUUUUUCCCAGAUUUGCUUUCUUUAUUCAACCUUUACUCCAUUUUCAAGAUUCUUUGAUCAUUGUUAAUCAUGGAAAGUCAAUUCAUAUCUAAAGUUCAUCUGAAUCAUUUAACCAGCAUUGUCAACUUCAAACUUAAAGAAGACAACUUUUUAACAUGGAAAUCUGUAAAUCUCUCUCUUCUCAACAAAUUUCAAGUUGCAGAUUAUGUUAUUGGUGAACGAGCAUGUCCGGAGCAAUUUACCACCCACGAUAAUGCAGACAACAACAUUGUGAAUCCUGCUUUCACUCUAUGGCAAGAUGAAGAUUCUACUAUCAUCCUUUGGCUUAAUUCAACUAUAUAUGAUUCGAUUCUUCCUUAUUUUGCUAGUGCACUGCAACUUCUCAUGAACUAUGGAGCAACAUUGAAUCAAGAUUAUCUCAGAUCUUCAAUCUGGGUCUGUUGCAGGGCCCUCAUGUCAAUGGCCUCUAUCACAUCAACUUUAAUUCACCAAUAAAACAAACAAUCAAGGCUCUACAUCUAAGUAAAGCUUCCUCAUCAUCCUGGCAUCACAGACUUGCACACCCAUCAUUUCAAACUCUUUGGAGAGUAUGUCAUCUCAUUGACAAUUAUGUAAUAACAACAUCAUUCUUCUGUGAGUGCUGUCAAUUAGGAAGGUCUCAUAAAUUCCCUUUUACUAUUUCUUCUCAUUGUAC